GUUUGACCUUUUCUCUCUUGGCACAGUCACGUUUGACAUGGCUGGAUGGUUGCUGUACAGUGAAGUUCAUCCGUAUAGUAGCAUGAAAUGUUAAUUCUGACCUUGUGAAUAGUGUCGCUUUGCAGGAGACUGCCAGAGUAAACCAGGGGAACAAUGGUGAAGUAUUUUUGCUGCGCAGGUUUGCUAAAAACCACCUGGGACCAAGUUUGCAUUGCUUUUUGGCAGCGAUAUCCCAACCCUUACAGUAACCAUGUCUUGACAGAGGAUAUCAUUUUUCGAGAGGUGACCCAGACCAACUGCCUCAUUUCCAGACGUCUCUUGACCAAAACUAGCCGUGCGCCUCGCUGGAUGGAGCGGUAUCUUCCGAAGCACAUGGCCAGCUCAGCAUACAUCAUUGAGGACUCCAUUGUGGACCCUCAGAAAAGGACCAUGACCACACUAACAUGGAACAUCAGCCAUGCUCGCCUUAUGUCUGUGGAGGAGAGAUGUCAGUACCACAUUAACCCUGAGAAUGGUGGCUGGACGGAGAUUACAAGAGAAGCUUGGAUCUCUUCCAACGUCUAUGGGCUUUCUAGAGCUAUUCAGGAAUUUGGUCUGGCAAGAUUCAAGACUAGUGUCACAAAAACAAUGAAAGGCUUUGAGUAUGUGCUUGCCAAAAUGCAAGGUGAAACUCCCUCCAGAACCUUAGCAGAAACUGCUACGGAGCGGGCAAGAGAGACAGCACUGGCAGCUAAAGAGAAAGCCAAGGACCUCGCCUCACAUGCCCAGAAGAAGCAAUAUGUAUGAUGAGCUACUGGAUUCUGCAGCCACUGAUACUGGGACAAAUUCACAUUAACUCCCUCUUGUUCAGUCAAGUACUGGGUCAAGACCAACAUCCCAGCCAUAGUUAACACCUCUGUGAGGAUGCAUCCAGCUGAAAUGGUGGGUGGACCAUAAAAGGCCUGAGCUGGGUUCAAGAGCCUGUUCCAGCCUCCCUGAUCACAUCACUGAGUUUACUAUUAUACCUCUGAUGCCGCAUCAUUUCACAAUUUACCACAGCAAGAAAUCUAGGAAAUGAGUGGUUAGAUAUGUCCCAGGGCGCCAUAUAAAGGAUGUCAGCCAACACUGGAAGUGUUCCUUAAACCUUUGCUCAAUCUCUGUGCCCACCAGUGUUUGCUUUUCACUCUUCCGCUGUUUGUCUCGUCAUAACUCGCUUAUUCCUGACAGUGCAGUAGUUGCAUUGAUUAAAAAUGUGUGAUUAAGGCUUUAUGAUUCAGUUAUGUGUUGUUUCUUUCGCAUAUGGUUAUGUUUUUGUUAGUUCAGUUCAUCCAAUUAGUUCUAAAAGUGAUUAUCUCAUUGCUUUGGGCUGAGGUUUAUCAGCUGAUGAAGGCAAUUGUUGGCAAUAGUUCAACAAGAAAUACUCGCUAAGCAUCUCUGAUAACUCUGGUCAGAGCUGUGGAUCGUUAUCAGCUAGAUUCAAGAGCACUUGCUGUACAGGUUAAUCAUGGCGCUGGCGAUACAACUCAUGCAACACGAUAUUUCUAGCUCUAUUUAAGGAAUAUGAGCUUAUGAAUAAAUGAACAUUUUCUAAUCA